GAGUAACUAAACAACAUAGUUUAGUUUGGAAUAUUUCCUAUUUACAUAAUUUGUGACGCUGAUUUGAGUGUAGUUUUAGUUUUUUGAUACAUUAAACGAGGAAGUUCCUUUUUGCUUUCCGCUACUUUUCUAUUUAGUGUCCACAUAACCUGAUACAUUACUGUGAUAUAUAUACUACUAAGUGCACGUUAAGGUGUCCUGAUCUUUAGCAGGCAUCUUUGUUAUCAUGGCUUCUUCGUUUAAAAUCGGAGAGAGAUUUCAGGAGAAGGCGAGAGAUUUGCUGGAGAGAGAAUCUGCCAUAUCAGAAGAGCUGAAGGAAGAAUUGAAGGCUCUGACAGAUCAGUCCAUCAUACCAUUCAAGACUGUGAGAAAACUACACAAGCUUCUUCAAGAAAAUGGACAUCCAGUGUAUCUUCAUGAAUUGUUUGAGGACAGCACACUUCAUCUUCCGGAAGUCAUCACACCUCCCAGGAACCCCCAGCUGGUGGCCCGCCUAGAAAAAAUUAAAGCAAAACUUGCUAAUGAAGAAUAUAAGAGAAUAACACGGAAUGUAAAUCCACAGGAAAUGAAAAAUCAUGGAACUUUAGCAGAUUUUGGACGACAAGUGCGUUCUGUGAAGGCAGUUGUUGUUACUGUAUUCAACUUCCUGGUAACUGUAGUUGCAGCAUUUGCCUGUUCAUAUCUGGGCAGCCAGUAUAUCUUCACCGAGACGACAGCCAGAGUAAUAGCUGCAGUGAUUGCAGCGUCUGUUGUCGGUCUUGCUGAGCUUUAUGUUCUGGUCCGGACUAUGGAGGGAGAACUUGGAGAGCCCUAAUACCAACUAAAAUCAUCCAAUAUUUCCAUAUUUUUGUGUGUAAUCAUCAAUGCUUUUCUCUGUACAGCUUCUUUUUCAGUUUGAUUAGUUUCUCUCCAAAUCAAAACUGUGAGGUUGAGUGAUUAGUCUUGAUCUAAUAUAGACUAUAAAAGCUUUUACGAAGAAAUCCUUUAUACUGAAAUGUGCAAGAAUUAAUCAGAAAGUUUAGAAUUAAUCAACAGUUUAAUUAGUCAAUUAAGUGGUUUUGGAAACCACUUCUUUGAACUCAAGACACUAGAAGGUACAAUAUGAUCAUGUUGUCUUGUUAUUCACAUCUAUGUUCGUAUUUAUUUGAAUGCCCUUUACAGGAGUGUUAUUCUUUAUUUCACUUGUGACUAAGAAACAUUUGUGCUUUGUUUAUUGCCGACUCAUAAAAUGUAGUGUGGGAAAAAAAAUUUUUUUUACAAGAAAAUAAUAAAAAACAUUCAAGCUAAGUUGAGUCAAAAACAAAAAAAACAUUUAAAUCACACUCCCUGGUGAUGAUCAUUGUUGAGAGACCAGCUUUGUUUAAACAGAUUUUUACAGCAUUUCCAGUUACAAUGCAGAUCCAGUGCUUACUGUAUGUUGUGUACCGUACGUCCUGAACAUGCACCUGUGUAUCUGAGCUUUGGCAAAGCCACAAAAACUCAUAAAAAAACAACCAGAAAUGUGCAGCUCAAGGUGGCGUAUGAAACUUUGCUCUUAUGCCACUCGAAAUUAGAAAAAAAGACAAAACGGUAAUAAAAAAUGUGCCAGUCUAUUUAAGAACAAAGGAUAUAUUGUAUGUUAUUAACUGUACAUUUUGCUAUUUCUUUCUAUCUUUCAUUAGUAAAUAUGAAAUCUGCUAACAAAUGUUUUAAAUGUCCCUAUCUUUGCAGUCUAUAAAUUGGCUCCAUAAUCCACUAGCCUAAAAUAAUAGUUCACCCAAAAACAAAAAUGUACUGACCCUCAGGCCAUCUAAGAUGUAGAUGAGU